AUGUAUGUGUGUAGGUGUUUGUUUAAGGCAAGCGCCAGCGGAGCAUCACAGGUCGCAAUGCAGCUCAAGGUGGGCGUGAAAAUGUCGGGACGGAGCCAAUGUCGACGAGUGAGGCGGCGUCGCGGGAUGCCCUCGGCGGGGGGGAUGGAUGCCAGCGCCGUCCAGAGCACCACUCCAGACAGGGGAGGCAGUGGAGGGUUGGGUUGA